AACGAUUCAAAUUGAUCUCGGUCGUGAAACCGGUACGAUAAAAUAUAUUAUUAUCUUUAAGUAGAGCACUCACUUCAUUGAUUUCGUGAUUUAACAACAUAUCGUCAACAUGAGUAAAUACGUCUACCGUUCGCCUUUAAAUGACGCUAUUUGCGCUCCUGAAAGGGAGCAAAAGUGCCCAUGGAAUCCGAAAGUUGACAGAUCGACCUCAAUUCAUACAAAGGUCGAUUGGAACGCACCUAAGCCAAAAAUAUUACCGAAUGCUUUGGCUGCAAUUGGUAAUACUCCAUUGAUCAAGCUCAACAGGAUACCUCAGCAGGAAGGAUUGGAAUGUGAUAUAUGUGUAAAAUGUGAGUUCUUCAAUCCUGGUGGAUCCGUAAAGGACCGCAUGGCAAACAGAAUAUUAACAGAUGCUGAAAAUGAAGGCAUCUUAAAACCAGGAUGUACGAUUAUAGAACCAUCUUCAGGAAACACUGGUAUUGGUUUGGCUAUGGCAGCCGCUAUUAAAGGAUAUCGAUGUAUAAUUGUAAUGUCAGAAAAAAUAUCAAAAGAGAAAGAAUACGUAAUGAGAGCCCUUGGAGCUGAAGUCAUAAGAUGCCCUGUAACCGCCAAUUCGUUUUCUCCAUAUGGAAUGUUUGGAACCGUACAUCGUUUAUCGAAAGAAAUUCCUAACAGCGUUAUUUUUGACCAGUUUUCGAAUCCCGGAAAUCCACUAACUCACUAUGAUACCACAGCAGAAGAAAUCUAUGAUCAAUGCGACAAACAAGUUGAUAUGAUAAUAAUGGGAGCUGGAACAGGUGGAACAGUUACGGGUAUAGGAAGGAAAUUCAAAGAAAUCUCUCCCAACACAGAAAUCGUUUGUGCAGAUCCAUUUGGAUCAUCCUUUGCUUUACCAGAAGCCAUUAAUAAAACCGACGUCACUUUUUGGGAAAUAGAAGGAAUGGGUUACGAUUUCAUUCCCUCAACUUUGGACCGCAAAGUCAUUGACACUUGGAUUAAAGUAGGAGAUGAGAAGGCCUUGCCAAUGGCAAGAAGGUUGAUUAAGGAUGAAGGACUUUUAAUUGGGGCUAGCAGUGGAGCUAUGAUGUGGGCUGCUAUUCAAGCAGCGAAAGCUAAGAACUUCGGUCGCGGUAAAAAGGUUGUCGUUGUUUUGCCAGAUAGUAUUAGGAACUACUUAACAAAGUUUGUGUGCGACCAGUGGAUGGAAGAACGAAAUUUACAACCUUGCGUAAAUGUUAAUAACCAUCCGUGGUGGGAUUUAAAUGUCUCCCAGUUAGGUCUUCCAGCACUACAAACGGUUCCAGUAAAUUCUACCUUUGAAGAGGCUUUGAAUUUGAUGAAGAAACUUGGACUUAAUCAGAUACCAGCAUUAGAUGGUCAAGGGGGUGUUGUUGGAGUAGUUUCCAUGCAGCUAAUUAUUAACAAGCUCACAUCUGGUAAUGCCAAGCUAAGUGAUCCAAUAGCAGAUUCGCUUGACCGACUUUAUCCCAGGCUUGAAAAAUCUGCCAACAUUGGUCUCGUCUCAAGGGUAUUGGAACGAGAACCUUACCUGGUAAUUUUGGAUCCUCAAGGUAAAGGUCCUUCCACAGUCAACAAACCUGUAGGUGUCGUAACUCCUUUGGAUUUUCUACAGUUCAUACAGAAACAAAAUCAUAAUACUGUCAACAUGAGUAAAUACGUCUACCGUUCUCCUUUAAAUGACGCUAUUUGUGCUCCUGAAAGAGAGCAAAAGUGCCCAUGGAAUCCGAAGGCUGACAGAUCUACCUCAAUUCAUACAACGGUCAAUUGGCAAGCUCCACGUCCAAAAAUACUGCCAAAUGCCUUGCACGCAAUUGGUAAUACUCCAUUGAUCAAGCUUAACAGAAUACCUCAGCAAGAAGGUUUGGAAUGUGAUAUAUAUGUAAAAUGUGAGUUCUUUAAUCCUGGUGGAUCAGUAAAAGAUCGCAUGGCAAACAGAAUACUGACAGAUGCCGAGAAUGAAGGUAUCUUAAAACCAGGAUGUACCAUUAUAGAGCCGUCUUCAGGAAAUACUGGCAUUGGUUUGGCUAUGGCAGCUGCUAUUAAAGGAUAUAGGUGUAUAAUCGUAAUGUCAGAAAAAAUAUCCAAAGAGAAAGAAUACGUAAUGAGAGCUUUGGGAGCUGAAGUUAUUAGAUGUCCUGUCACAGCUAAUUCGUUUUCUCCAUAUGGAAUGUUUGGUACUGUCCAUCGUUUAUCAAAAGAAAUUCCCAACAGUAUUAUUUUUGAUCAGUUCUCUAAUCCCGGAAAUCCACUGACUCACUACGAUACUACAGCAGAAGAAAUUUAUGAUCAAUGCGACAAAAAAGUAGAUAUGAUAAUAAUGGGAGCUGGAACAGGUGGUACCGUUACGGGUAUAGGAAGAAAAUUUAAAGAGAUUUCUCCCAAUACGGAAAUCGUUUGUGCAGAUCCAAUUGGAUCAUCUUUUGCUUUACCAGAAAUUAUAAAUAAAACUGACGUUACUUUCUGGGAGAUAGAAGGUAUGGGCUACGAUUUCAUUCCCUCAACCUUAGACCGCAAAGUCAUUGACACUUGGAUUAAAGUAGGUGAUGAGAAUGCCCUGCCAAUGGCAAGAAGGUUGAUUAAGGAUGAAGGCCUUUUGAUUGGGGCUAGCAGUGGAGCUAUGAUGUGGGCGGCUAUUCAAGCAGCGAAAGCUAAAAAUUAUGGCCCUGGUAAAAGGGUUGUAGUUAUGUUACCAGAUAGUAUUAGGAACUACUUAACAAAGUUCGUAUGUGACCAAUGGAUGGAAGAGCGAAAUCUUCAGCCUUGUGUAAAUACAAACAACCACCCGUGGUGGAAUUUAAAUGUCUCCCAAUUAAAUCUUCCUGUACCACAAACUGUACCGAUAAAUUCUUCCAUUGAACAGACUUUGAAUCUAAUGAAGAAACUUGGACUUAACCAGAUACCUGCAUUGGAUGAUCAAGGGGGUGUUGUUGGAGUACUUUCAAUGCAGCUAAUUAUUAACAAACUUACAUCUGGUAAUGCUACACUCAAUGACCCAAUAGCAGAUGCUAUAGACCGACUUUAUCCCAGAGUUGAGAAAUCUGCUAAUAUUGGACUCGUCUCAAGAGUAUUGGAACGUGAGCCUUAUUUGGUAAUUUUGGAUACACAAGGUAAAGGACCUUCCAAGAUAAAUAAGCCUGCAGGCGUUGUAACUCCUUUAGAUUUUCUACAGUUUAUCCAGAAGCAGCAUUAAAUAUAGAGGAGACUAAUAUUUCCACCAUUUAACAAAAGUAAUCACCAUAAAGUGAUAAAAUAAAUAAUACCUAAUAUAAUAGAAAUAUUAGAAAUAAUAGAAAUUAUAGAUUAUAAUAAAUAAAUAAGUAUUAUAAUUAA